UCAUCUCCCGCGCCUUGUCGACCAACCCUGAUAGUCUAUCCCUCUUUAUUUCUCCGCUGGCACCUCGCCCUCCCUUCCCCCCUCCCCUACGCCCUCCCUGGCUUUGCAUCCGCAAUGUAUCACCCCAACCAGCCUCACAUCUCCCCCGCCACUCCUGGCACCUCCUCCUUCUCCUCGUCUGUCGAUUUCAACAAGCCUGUCAAGAAACAACGCGGUAACUACAACUGUGGCCGCUGUGGUCUUCCCAAAAAAGGCCACUCCUGCCACCUUCCACCUGCUGCAACCUACACUCCGACCUCCGCUGAUUCCUUCGCUUCCGUCUCCACUUCUAAGUCGCGUCCCCUUCCGCCGUCGCGUCAGCAGUACACUCACCUACGUAGAGCUCUCUCAUUUGACGAUAUUGAUAUCCGAUGCGACUCGCCGGAGCCUGAAAUGGAUGAAUCGGAGUUGGAUCUGCUGGUUUCCGGUUCAGGGAAAUUGCCGGCGAGCUGUUUGUGGGAGGUGCUAAAGAGGCUCCCUCCAGCGGGACUGCUGGCGGCAGCUAGGGUUUGCAAGGGGUGGAGGGACACGGCAAGGCGGCUAUGGAGGGCUGCUGAGGAGCUCAGGCUCAGGGUUCCACCCAGAGCUCAGCUUGGGUUUGUUGGAUCCGUGUUGCAAAAGUGUCCUGGACUUGUUAGGCUGAGUCUUAGGAUGGAAAGUGAUGUCGACGCAACGAUGUUGGCUUGCAUCGCGUUCUCAUGCCCCAAUCUGGAGUUUAUGGAGAUUUCCACAUCUGAUACUGCAGUCAAUCGGAUCACAGGCGAUGAACUGAGUCGAUUUGUUGCUGAUAAACGUUGCCUUACAAGCCUUAAGAUGGAAGGAUGUUUUAACCUAGGAGGUUUUGUCCUCUGUUCAUCAAGUCUCUCCACACUUUGGCUUUCAGAUCUGCAUUCUUUAUCUAAGACGGUCUUUAACUGUCCCAAUUUGAAAGAAGUUUCCCUAGAUUUUUCUCCGCAAGAAAAUGAUAGUACUGACCUUGUUGCCAUGGUUGAUGCUUUGGGAAGAAGUUGCUCCAGAUUACAAAAUAUACACAUUGCGGCAGUUCGACUUUCUCACACUGCUGUGCUUGCUCUUACGGGUGCAAACUUAAGGGGGCUGCGAAUGCUUUCACUUGUCCUUGGAAGUGAAAUCACUGAUGCAUCUGUUGCUGCCAUUGCAUCAAGCUAUCCAAAAUUAGAAUUGCUUGAUCUAAGCGGGUCUAGCAUCAGUGAUAGUGGCAUUGGUAUGAUCUGCAAUGUGUUCCCUGCAACACUUUCCAGAUUGCUCCUUGCUCUUUGUCCAAACAUAACUUCAAGUGGAAUUCAAUUUGCUACAGCUCAAUUACCUCUUCUUGAACUCAUGGACUGUGGAAUGACCAUAUGUGACCCCAGUUCUCAGUGUCUAAACUCUGAUGGAAGUGGUGAUGGCGAGUUGCAGACGACAUUUCAGAACAAAUUACACCUCAUAUGCCAGAAGCUCAUUAUAAAACAUGGCCGGUUGAAGAAACUGAGCUUGUGGGGCUGUUCUGGCUUAGAUGCUCUAUAUUUAAACUGUCCAGAACUUAAGGAUCUGAAUCUGAACUCUUGUAGAAACUUGCAUUCAGAAACAGUGCUUCUUCAGUGCCCCAGUUUGGAAUGUGUGCAUGCCUCAGGUUGUCAAAAAUUGUUGAUCGGAGCAAUUCAACGCCAGGUUAAUGAUUUAGGUACUAAAGAAAACCAGUGCCCAAGUAAACGUCUAGCUGAUGGCUCAAAGAGAGUUCGGGUGCCCCAUUUCCUCAGUCAACAGCCACUUGAUGAUGAAAACAAGAAGCAGAGGAUUGGGGCCCGUCCUUGCAAUGUGCUCGUGGACUGAGAAUGUGUAUCAGAAGCAGACAAUUUGUUACUGUGCACAUACUGUUGUCAUCAAUUUCUGAUUUCUGUUGGGCGAUGUGCCCUGUGAAUCCAUAUGGUUUAUAAUAGUUCGAUAUGGCGGUAAGCAUCAGGUUCAGUUGCCUUGUGGAAAUCCCUUUUCAUCAGACAUAGUUGUUCAAAGGAAAAGCGGUACCUGAAGGCCUAUGUUUGACUUGGGAGCUCUUACUGUUAUAGCUAUUCAUUUAUGAAAUAAAAUUUAAUGCAAUUUUGUUCGA